CUCUGCCCCUGUAAUUACAACUCCAUGCCAAACGACGGCAAUUUUUUCCUGAUUAGUUAUCUUCUCCAGCAAAAAAUGUCAGUACACUUGCUCGUGCUGUCCAUCUUAUGCCUUCAUUGCCUUCAACUGCAUGCGCAUGGAGGCAUCUCACUGAAGUCUCAACAGAUGGCACUUCUUCAUUGGAAGUCCACACUCCGGAACUCACCGCCACAGAUGAGCUCUUGGCAGGACCAUACCAGGCCGUGCAAUUGGACCGGCAUCUUGUGUACGCCUGUGCGCCAUGGACGCCGCAGGCUCUGGGUCGUGACCAACAUCUCCCUCCCAGGUGCCGGCAUCCAUGGCCAGCUCGGUGAGCUCAACUUCUCAGCUCUCCCAUUCCUCAUAUAUAUUAACCUCAGAAAAAACAGUCUACAUGGAGCCAUCCCAGCCAACAUCAGUUCUCUAUCAACACUCUCCUACCUUGACCUCAGUAACAAUUGGCUUACUGGACAAAUACCACAUGAGAUCGGUGGCAUACAAAGUCUCACUGGCCUGUUCCUCGUGUUUAACAACCUCACAGGCCACAUCCCUACAUCAUUGGGUAACUUAACAAUGUUAACUCAUCUUAACAUUCACCAAAACAUGCUCUCAGGUCCCAUCCCAAAGGAGAUUGGAAAGCUUGUCAGCCUGCAGAGUCUACAGCUAAACAACAAUACCUUAAGCGGUGAUAUACCCACAUCCCUUGGAAAUUUGACCCAGCUUAAUCUUUUGUAUAUCUAUGGUAAUGCAUUGUCCGGCCCAAUACCAAAGGAGAUAGGAAAGCUUGUCAGCCUGCAGAGUCUACAGCUAAACAACAAUACCUUAUGCGGUGAUAUACCCACAUCCCUUGGAAAUUUGACCCAGCUUAAUCUUUUGUAUCUGUAUGGUAAUGAACUGUCCGGGCCAAUACCUCCAGAACUAGGCAAGCUCAUUAACCUGCAAGAUCUAGAACUUUGCAUUAAUAAACUUACAGGUGGAAUCCCUUUCUCUUUAGCCAAUCUCACUAAGAUCACCACACUUUAUCUACAUGAAAAUCAAAUUACAGGUUCUAUUCCUCCAGAACUAGGCAAGCUCGUUAACCUGCAAGAUCUUGAUCUUAGCAGCAAUAAAUUUACUGGUGCAAUCCCUGUCUCUUUAGCCAAUCUCACAAAGAUCACCUCACUUUAUCUAUAUGAAAAUCAAAUUACAGGUUCCAUUCCUCCAGAACUAGGCAAGCUCGUCAGCUUGCAAAUUCUUAGUCUUGACAAUAACACGCUCACUGGUAGAAUCCCUUUCUCUUUAGCCAAUCUCACUAAGAUCACCACACUUUAUCUACAUGAAAAUCAAGUUACAGGUUCUAUUCCUCCAGAACUAGGCAAGCUCGUUAACCUGCAAGAUCUUGGUCUUAGCAGCAAUAAACUUACUGGUGCAAUCCCUUUCUCUUUAGCCAAUCUCACUAAACUGACUCGACUUUAUCUACAGAAAAAUCAAAUUACUGGUCCUAUUCCUCAAGAACUAGGCUAGCUCGUAAACCUGCAAAAACUUGAUCUUAACACUAACAAUCUUACUGGUGGAAUGCCUGUCUCUUUAGCCAAUCUCACAAAGAUCACCUCACUUUAUCUAUAUGAAAAUCAAAUUACUGGUUCCAUUCCUCCAGAACUAGGC